AACAGCGGGCGGCGGCGUUGGCGGUGGAGACACACUGACACAGAGUCAUGGAAAACUAGGUACAGUUUCAGCAUCUUGAGCCUCCUUUCAUUGGCAGUGAUUGAUGUCUGCCUCAUCUACUGGUGCCCUCGGGUCAGACUCUGUCCCCGUGCCCCCCCCUGCCCCCCCUGCUUCAUCUGGCCCCCAAACCCCAACUCCUCCACCCAGUGUUUCCACCGGAUCUGCCCCGCCAGCACGGAGCUCCUCCAGUGGCCCACGACAGUCAACUCAGGGAGGAUCCUCUGCGACGCCAGAAGCACGUCCUCCUCACCCAAAGAUGUCCAAAGCACUAAGUACAAGUGCUAAAAGGAUACAGAAAGAGCUGGCAGAGAUCACACUAGAUCCUCCUCCAAACUGCAGUGCUGGACCCAAGGGAGACAACUUGUAUGAGUGGGUGUCCACCAUCCUGGGACCUCCAGGUUCUGUAUAUGAAGGAGGAGUGUUCUUCCUUGACAUACACUUCUCAGCGGAAUAUCCCUUUAAACCCCCUAAGGUCACGUUCCGGACCCGCAUCUAUCACUGCAACAUAAACUCUCAAGGAGUGAUAUGCUUGGAUAUCCUCAAGGACAACUGGUCUCCUGCAUUAACUAUUUCAAAAGUCCUCCUGUCAAUUUGCUCCUUACUGACUGACUGUAAUCCAGCUGAUCCACUGGUAGGGAGCAUUGCCACACAGUUCCUUCAGAAUCGGGAAGAACACGAUAGGAUUGCCCGGCUCUGGACCAAGCGCUAUGCUACGUGAUCACAUGUGUCUAGUGUCAACAGGGUAUUAAGACAUCUUUUGCACCAUGCCAGUAUGUCUUGGACGCAAUAUAUCGGUGUCAAAAUUUUGUGAUUUAUGUUGGGAUAGUAUUUAUUUUAUAUUAAAGCACUACCUAAAUACCUGAGGACAUUUCAGAGGUCUAUUUGGCAUGGUGGAAAAGUGUGUGGUCAUCAUUCAUUACCUCAUUUUCAAGAUUUCCACGCUUUGUAAAGCUCACUUCUGUUUUGUUUAUAUUUUUAUGAGAUUAAUGGAACCGAAGACUUUUCAGUGUUUCCAAUACCUCUGCUGUUAUUUUUCCCUUGGUUACUAAUUACUUCAUCAAUAGUUUUUGGCACUACUCUUUAAUGGCAGUGCACCCUCUCCAUCUCAAUUCUCCACACAGCUGCCUCUAGCAAAUAUUUGUCUUUUUUUAUGUAACAGUGCUACUAGUCUAAUUGCAGUGUUAUCUACUGUGUGUUUUUACUAUGUGAAUGAAGCACUUCCAUUAUUCAUAGUGCUUGGAGGGAAUGUCAUCACCCCAUUAUGAUGAGAGUGCUGAGCUACUUCCUUUCAUGUUGUCCUGUUUUUGUUGUUUUCUUUUAUUGUGUUUGUGUUAAUACACGCCAAAGUGUUGUGAGGGAGUAAACACUCUACAUAGUGAAAAUGAUUAGCAUAAUUCCCUUCAAAAUACUCUGAAGAAGCAAGUGUUUCUGUUGGAUCAGGAGAGAGAGAAAGAGAGAGAGAGAUGCUCCUGCAGUCAGUGUAAUGAAGUUGAUGCUCUUCCAACAGCACUGUCCUCACAGCACUGUGAAGCUGCUGAUGCUGUCCUUCAAUUUAAUGUGAUGUUUGAUAGCCAUUAUGUUGUAGGAUAGCACAUUUGCUUCCUGAGUAGUGUGCGGGUUGAAGUGCUGCCUCCACAAGGUUGUGACAUUUAUGUCUUUGCAAAGGCAAGAAGUUUUUGUUUCCAAAAUCAUUUUGAGGACAUUAGAGUUAUUUGCAAAACAUUGGAUUUUAUUGCAGUGAUGCAGUUUCUUUUCCUGCUGUGGUGGUGGAAUGCAUUAUGUUCAUGUAACUUAGUGAGGGAAAGACAUAUCCAUUCAUCUUGUUUAGGGCUGAGGAAGUAUACUGGUGUGAAAUUUUAAUACACUGUUACCAUAAUGUCCAGAGAAUAGUUUGAUUCAGAAAGAGUAAGUCAUGUGUUUUUGUGGGAUUGAAGAUGGAUUACUCAUCAUUAGGGCUUCUUAAGAUUCAUAAUCUCAACCAUAUGAAUUAGGUUCAUCUUGUUAUUUCAUAUUCAAAUUGUAGUCAUUUGUAUGUGUAUUCAAAUGCACCAUAAGGCAUUGCUACAUAUAAUUUUCAUGUAUAUUUUAGGUUUGUAAAGCCCUGAAAAUAUGAACUGUCAUUAAGUGUAAGCUUAGUCGUAAGUCAUUACAUUUUUAAUUGUAGAAUUGAUAAUAACAAGGUUUCCUAAUCCAGAUUUUUGUUUUUCAUUAUUUGGACUAUUCUGUGUGCUUCAGCCACAAAGCAUGACAUCACUGAAUUAUUUCUCAGGCUGUGAGUUUGCAAUGAGUAUAAGUGAAUUUAAAAAUGGAAAUCUUAAGAAUUCCUUCACUUACUUGUACUUUUAAGUUGCUCAGUGAUGUAACUUGGCCAAAAGAGUUAAGCUUUUUAGUGUUGCUUUGUCAACUGGAGAACUUGAAUUAUGUCCCAAUUGUCAUGCAACAAUACCUCAUUGUUUGCCAUUAUGUAUCUUGUGUAGACAUUUAGCUUACACUGUGUUACAGGAAGUGCACAAGAACUGACAAGGUGUAAUAUAUGAGUAUCUUGUGUUGAAUAAUGAAUGCUGUGGUGAACUUCUUUCCUCGCGAUAAGAAAACUCUCGGUUGGUAUAUCUUCCGACGUAUGAACUUCUAUGGUUUUGCAAAGAGAAGGCUGACUUGAUCCUCAAAUAAAGACUUGCACCUUGCUGGCCACAGAGACUGAUGGUGCUGGUGUACAGAAAUACUGAGCAGUGUGGGAGAGCAGACAGGCAUGCAAUAUUCAUGGAUUUUUUUUUUUUAUUUAUUUAUUUAUUUUUUAUGGCAAUUACUAUAGAGUAGAACAUACACAGUGACUUGUAAUCUAUAUGAAGUUUUAAGCAGAGUAAGCAAUAGGUGUUACACUAUGACCUGCCAUGAGAAUGGAAAUAAUGUAAGGUCCCAUGUGGCCCUAGAUGACCAGAGACCUGAAGUAAGGAAUAAUUUUUUAGAGGUGAGCAUAUAGUGAUAAUUUUGUGGUUGGUGAGAGAGGUCACAUUUGAGUCUUUUGAAUUGACAUGGUGGACUCAAGAGGAUGCAAGCUGUACUCCCAUAUCUACUCAAGAAAUUUGUUUGUAUUUUGAGCAGACCAAUACACAAGUAUUAAUAUUUAUUGACCUCUGGUGCUGUGUAGGGAAAUACUAAUGUAGAGUAGCAAGUGUGUAUUUACAUGGGGAAUUCUAUAUAUAAUUUGAUGUUACUGCUGUUGCAGGUAUUAUAGUCAUUAUUUUGGUAAAUGAAGAAAUGUAUUCAGUGUUUCAAGGACAGUAUUGACAUUUUCAUACUGUGAAAAGUAUCUCUUUGAUGGGCUUUAUUUCUUGUAAGGUAGCUUAAGUAAGCUGAAAAUCGUCCUUAUUUCCAUCCCUUACAUAAAGGAGAACCUCUGUCAGAACAGCAGAGUAUUUCAGGCAUCAAACUUGUUGGCAUCUUUUAGAUAACCACAUUCCUCUAGUUUUGUUUAAGACCACACUGUUGGGAAACAAGGCAGGCCCUCCCACAAACUGGUUGAAGGCAGUGUGGACUUUCAAGCAACUGAUUCUGCUCUUUAUUCCUGCUUGCAGUUUUGAGAGAGAUUUGAGAACAUAUUCAAAUUUAUAUGAACAAAUUUUUCUUAUUUGAUAUCAAAGUAAUCACAAAAGAGAAUGAAGUUGAAAACUAAUUUAUAUACUGUGAUGUAUCCCCAACAUGACAGUUUUCAUAGUGAUCUAAAGUUUCACUGACACAUGGAAGAUUUGAUAUAAGAGAUGGUAAGAGUAGAUAUGGAACUGAUGGUAAAGGAAGUGUUGGUUCAUGCUCUGACAGUAUUGGAGAGAUCAGGAUUUUUUAUGACAGUUUCAUAUGAUCUUUAGCAACUUCCAGGUAUAUUAUGCUUAUUAGUGAGCUAUGGUGCCACAAUAAGAAGGUCGUACAAUGUCAGCUAGGGAUAUAAGAGAGUGCUUCCUCUCCCACCGAGUUGUCGUGAGCCAGGAUCGAACUCGCAACCUCUUGGCCAUGAGUUGAGUUCUGAAUCUGAGUCAAUGGCCUCAUUAGCAGCAAUAUCUAAGAAAAGAAGUGAGGUUGCAGAAUAUUGUUUUGGACAAUGACCUUCAAUGCAUUACAAGUGAUGUGUGAUUUUCAGAGAAACAGAAACAUGAAAUGAUGGUUAUGUUCCCAUGUUUAUUUGUCAUUAUAAGACACUAUAGUGUGAUUCAUAAGAAUUUGAUGUGAACAGGUUGCCUGCUGUGUAAUUCCUGUGUUGUGGGAGGGCCUGUUGUACCAUGAAUUGACUCAUCCUGUCUCAUUUGGACUCUGCUGCUGGGUGACCUGCAGAUAGUGCUGUGUAUUGGUCUAAUCUUAGUUCCGAAUAAAACAUGUAAUGAA